UUAAAGUUUAUAAAACAAGAUGGCGGCUUGUGAACAAAUCAUUUCAUCUGAUGAAACGUAUGAUUUCAACUGUACACCUUGUUCACAACAGGACAGGUUAAUUGAAGCCAAGAGGUUUUGUGUGGAAUGUGGGGAGUAUUUUUGUUCAACAUGUCUAUCAUGGCACGAAAGGUUUGGUGGUACUAAAGGACAUACUUUGGUAAAAUGUGAGAAUGUUUCAAAAGACCAUGUUCCCUUGACUUUGAGUAAAUGCGAGACUCACGCCGGUAAGGAGGAGGAUAUGGUAUGUGGUGACCACUAUGUCGUCUGCUGCCGUGUUUGCAUAACAAAAGAUCAUAGAUCAUGUCAAGAUGUCGAUUUUUUGCCUGAUUUGAUACAGAAAUAUAAAAAUGAUGGAACACUUGUAGAAUUAAAUGAUGAUUUGAAUAGAAGGAUGGAAAAAAUAAAAUCUGUACUAAAAGAAUACACUGCCCACACCCUCAAACUAAAAACCAGAAGAACGACGUGCAUGAAACGUUUAGAGAUGUUUGAAAAAUCUAUCAUAGAGUGUGUUAAAAGUGUUAUAGCCAAGUCCGAGACUGAUAUCGAAAGAAGAUUAGCACCUGAAAUUUGCAGUGCGCAAGAAUAUAUCCAAAGGUAUAAUGAGCUACUUUCAAGGCUGGGUUGUUUGUCAGCAAGUUUGGCAAAUGAAAACAAUGAUAUCGCUGAAUAUAAGAAUGUAUUAGAAGGUAAACGUAUAGUCAAUGAGAUUAAGAUCGAACCUUGUAUGUUCGAUGACAAAUUGACCACUGACUGUAAGUUUCAAAAUGAAAUCAUGGAGGCCAUUACCAGCUUUCUUAAGGAAGGCCGACUAUUUGGAACUGUAGCAAUAUCAGUAAUAUCAGAUUCUGGAAAUGACUUUGAUGUGCCGAAUAUGUGCGUAAAAGAGUAUGAUUCUUCAGUCUUAAUUUUAUUAACUGACUACUAUAACAGAAACAUAAGACUUUUUGACAACUGUUUAAAAGAAAAGGAAAGUUUGACAGUUGGAGGAACCGCUUGGGGGCUUUGUGAGAUUAAUAAACACGAUAUUGCCUUUACUUUGCCAGGAUUGAAGAAAGUGCAAUUUAUAUCAGCUGAUGCGCAUCUAGCUUUAAAAACAAGCUUCGAUACACGUAUACAUUGUCGUGGCAUUGCAUGUCUAAAUGGAAAGAUUUAUGUGACUGGUGGUGGAGUGAAGGGGGAAGAGAAAGGGCAAUUAAAUGUGUUUGAUUUAAAAGGAAAACUACUCAGUAGAUAUGAUCAAGAUUUGGAGGGAAACUAUUUCAGUAUUCCACGAAGUGUGAUAGUAAAUACCGAAGGGAUAUUCAUCACAGAUGAACAAAAUGGCGUCAUUUGUUUAGAUAUAGAAGGUCAGCGGAAGUGGGUGUCGAACAACUCAAAAUGCAAAUUUCCAUGGGGAAUUUGCUUCACGCCAAAUGGGAAUCUUUUCGUUGCUGGACAUUUGUCAAACAAUAUUGUGAUUGUUAGUAAAGAUGGUGAAUUUUUAGGUGAACUGUUAAAUGAAAAUGACGGUCUAUCUGCUCCAAAGGCUCUCUGCUUCGACAAACGGAACAAUUGCAUUAUAGUCUCUGAAUUAAUAAAGCCACAUCUGAAGAUGUUCUAUAUUGGUGAUUGUGAUAUGUAAUAUACCAGAAAAAGUAAACCGUAAGCAAUGAACGUGUACGGUUGAACAAUUCGAAUAGUAGAUUUAUGACAAGACAGCAGGAUAUAUGAAAAGCUUUUAAGAAUGAUUUAUCUGCAGAUGUUGAUGCUAUAGGGUGAUAUUUAGAUGGUUUUAUUUACUAUUAUAAUCUAAUAAAUCAAGUUCCAUAUAUGUAGUUUACAAAUGAAUGCAUUUAUAAUAUCAAUUGAAUACUUGAUCGAUUUAUAAUAGUUCUCUUUUUUAUAUUAUGUAUUAUUUUAAAGGUAAGCAAAUACAUAUAUAAUUAAUUUCAUUGGCAUAUCUACCUUCAGAAUUAUUUAUGAAUUAUGUAUCAAUAUUUGCUAAAGAAAUUUCUUUGAGUUUGUAUAUUUUCGACUUGGCAUAAAGCUUUCAAACUAUUCAUAGCUGAUUUCAGCGGAGAUGUAUAAAUCUCAAACAAUAUUGCAUGGGAUACUUUUAUAUUAUUCAUUUUUUCAAUUGUUUUAAU